AUGAGCACAAACGACAUCAUAUCCAUGCUCCAGGCCCAACUGACACAGCGCUUCGACAAGCACCAGCAGGCCCGCGCGCCAGACCGCUUCAACGCCGCCAUCGAUAAAUGCCUGGGCCAUGACCGGGCAUCCUUGAUCUUUCAAAAAGCUGGCUUCUACCCCUGGUUCGCGUACUGCGUGUACGUCGCCUCUCUACAUGGCGACAACGACGCCCUGAACCGAUUGAGUGAUGGCGACCUGGCCCGCGUCGCCGACCAUCUCAACUCGACCCCAGUUCACCCCACCGUCAAUGCGCGGAUAAUGAGCAUAUUUUACGGGAGUAAACGCGCCAACUGGCGUCACGGACGUGUCAGCUCACGGAUCAGGAUACCUGCAUGGCAGGACCUACAGAGUGACGGAGGGGAACAGUUGCGCUCACCAUUCACGAGUGCGAGUGCGAGCAGUCCUUCCAGGGUACAAGUACCGAUCGAGGAGACGUUCCGUGUGGACAUGCAGUCGGGCCGGCCCUUGAAGAUGCCAGAGGAUUACCUGAACCCGGAGCUAGGAUAG